GACUGUAAGGUGAACAGUGACAGUUCAACGUACAAAGGCGAAACCUCGCAAACAAUAUCAGGACGGAAAUGUCAGGCCUGGAAACAACAGAUCCCUCAAAAACAUAACCAGGAUUCAGGCGAUUAUUUUGUUGGAGGGAAUCUUGACAAUACCGGAAAUAAAUGUCGAAACCCGUCAAAUCCAUUCAUCCCUAGAAACAGUUGGUGCUACACGGUGGAUGUGAAGCAGAGGAGGGAAUACUGCGAUGUUCCGUUUUGUGUUGGUCAGUUAAUGUUCGUUUUAGUUUAA